AAAGUGUUGUAUUGAGGGAUUUUCUAGUCGGGGCAUGCGCAUUUCGUUCUUUCCGGGUUUAUGCCAUUACUAGGCAGAGUGGUGGCAAAAUGCAGAUCUUUGUGAAGACCCUCACGGGCAAGACUAUCACCCUUGAGGUUGAGCCUAGUGAUACCAUUGAAAAUGUUAAAGCCAAGAUUCAGGACAAAGAAGGCAUUCCUCCUGAUCAGCAGAGAUUGAUUUUUGCUGGUAAGCAGCUUGAAGAUGGCCGAACAUUGUCAGACUAUAACAUCCAAAAGGAAUCGACCCUUCAUUUGGUGCUACGUCUUAGAGGUGGUGGCAAAAAGCGCAAGAAGAAGAAUUACACCACACCCAAGAAAAACAAGCACAAGAAGAAGAAGGUCAAGCUUGCAGUUCUUAAAUUCUACAAGGUUGAUGAGAAUGGCAAGAUAACUCGACUUAGACGUGAGUGCCCAAACAAAUACUGUGGAGCUGGUGUAUUUAUGGCAUCCCACUUCGAUAGACAAUAUUGUGGUAAAUGCUGUCUCACCUAUGUCUUCAACAAGCCAGAGGAGGAAGCUGAGGCGUAAAAUGUUUCUCUUAUAAUGGUAUUAAAAAUGUAUAAAAAAAA